UUAACGUAAUUUGAACGUUUUCACUUAAUUAUUCUAUCUGCAAGUGUUUUUUGAUUUAAUUGGAUUAUUUACCGUCGUUUGCACAUUUUUUAUAAGACAAUGUGUUCCAAAAAGUUAUUGUGUUACAUUACCAUUGGUUUGUUAAUCAUGGGUGUCUUUAUGGAUGGAGUUGAAGCAAGACGUAAAAUUUUAAGGGGUCGAAAAACGAUUACAAGACGUUAUUACUGGGGAACCGCGAUACCAGCAUGGUCUAUAGUACUUCUGAUAGGAAUCAGCAUGCUGAUUGCCGGUGGUGGACUAUAUGUACUGUUACAAAAAUUCGUAAUUGACAAUGCUACUGCUGGGGAAAGACAUUCGUAUCAACCUGCAUUGCAAAACGAGGCUUAAAACUAUUUAAUUAGUGCUCGUUGGAUCAUCCAUUCAUUUAUACUUCAGCAAGGACGUAGACCACAUUAAAACGUUUUGGCAGAAAAAAUUUUAUAUGAACACAGUGACAAUGUAUUAUUUAUUUUUAUAUCAUUCUGCCUUUGACAAUGGUUUAUUAUUUUAAUGUCACUAAUUGAUUAUUGAAAAUGAUAUCGCUAUUCGUACAAUCACAUCCCUUGCAGCCUUUUUUUUAUCAGCACAGACUCGGGAAAUAUCAUUUUAUAAAUUACGUAUUAUUUAUAUAUUGUUAUGUCAUCGAAAGAUUCGUAAAUUAUAACAAUUACCGUUUAAUGCACAGGACGAUCGAAAAUCAUUAUAUUUCGUUUUGUACAUUCUGAUAAAAGAGAAUUAUUAGUUUUCCGGCUCGUUAGAUUAUUCGUUCAAUAUGUAUUAUACAUUAGAGUCAAUUAUUAAUUGGUAUGAAAGAAAGAAGAUCUAUAAUUUAAAAUUCCCUGCGAUGAUACUUGUCAGGAUCAAAGUAUGAUGUCACGACAACGCGAUUAUUGAACUUUCGUCCUGUAAGAGUCUGCUGUGCUUUCUGGCAGUCAAUCACACUAUUAAAUUCGACGAAUACCUACAACAAAAAUAACAAAUAAAUUUUUUUAAUAUAUGUUUGCAAACCAAAAGAAAUUAUGAUUUAUUUAUAUUAUUAAACAUACUUUCCCACAUCCAGGUACAUCAACACCUUCUAUAGGUCUUGGUAUUUCCACAGAUCGAACUACACCAUAUUUAUUACAUUCUUCUUUAAUGUC